AUGAAGCAGCGCUCCAGGUCGGUGGCCACGCCUGACGUCAAAGGGGCCAGCCCACGAAGUGGUGGCAUGCUGAAGGGUGGGACCCCAAAAACGGGCAGCGGUGGCAGAAAGCGAGGAGAUGGAGGGGGCGGGUGGUUUUCUGGCUGGGGCGGCGGCUGGGUGUGGUACGGGGUGCUGGUGCUGCUGCGCGGGUGGGGCGCAGUGGGGCCGUGGGGCUGGUGGUCCGGCUACGUGCACCCGGACGAGUUCUUCCAGUCGCCCGAGGUGGCGGCCGGCGCCGUACUCGGCCACACCCAGCUCGCCACCCCCUGGGAGUUCCACCCGUCCUUCGCCUGCCGCUCCAUUUCUCUGCCGCUGCUCGUGAGCGGGAUUCCCUUCGCCGCACUCGAGUACCUCAACCGCGUAGUGCCGCCGCUGGUGCCCGGCAACUACGCAGAGGGAACUCUUCUUUCGGGCUUUGCGCUCCUCGUCGCGCCGCGCUUCGCGGUCUUCCUGCUCUCCCUCAUCGUCGCCGGCGCCUCGCCUCGCUGCACUCCGCUGCGCUGCGCUGCGAGUGUCUCACCACGUGACCUGUCUGCGUUGAAGAUCGCUCGCGCGUGGGGUUUGAGCGCGUCCCACACCGUGUCGGUUCUCCUGACCCUCGCCAGCUCGUGGGUGAUGCUGCUCUUCCACACGCGGACGUUCUCCAACACCAUCGAGUCCAUCAUUUUCGCCUUCUCCGCCUUCAUCGCCCUCCGCGCCAUGGCACCACAACAGAAAGGGCUCGGGCUGCUGUGGGACGCGGUGCUGGGGAUGACUAUCGCCGCCGGUGUCUUCACGCGGUUCACCUACCUGUUCUUCUUCAUGCCCGUCGGACUUGCCUACCUGCUCUUCCACUCGCGCUCCGGCCUGUGGCCCACCCAACCGGGGCAUCGGUUCGUGGGCCGUGCGGUGGCGAUGUUCGGCCGGCUGUGCGUGAUGCUCGCGGGCUUCCUGGCUCUGUCGUUCCUCCUGGUCGUGCUCGACUCUCUGUACUUUGGCACCCUCACGCUCUCGCUGCACGGAUCGGUGGUGCCCUGGCACGGACUGGUGGCUGUGCUAUCACGACCAGCCGAGUGGGCGCACGUCGCUUUCGCCGGCACUCUCACCCUCACGCCAUGGAACAGCCUGCGCUACAACAUGCAAGUCGACAAUCUCAAGGAGCAUGGAAUCCACCCGCACUACACGCACGCGCUGGUCAACUUCCCUCUCCUCUACGGGCCGCUGGCACUGGCCGCCUGCGCCAACGGCAUCCGCUUCGUGUGGUCUCUUCUGGCCGGCGCCCAAGGCCAGCCCAAGUCGGUCACCACCUCUGACUCCGCCACCACCACGCUGCGGCGCCGCGGCCGGUGGGUCCUGGCCCUGUCGAUCGUCUCCGGACUCGGCAUCCUGUCUCUAGCACCCCACCAGGAGCCGCGAUUCCUGGUGCCGCUGGUGCUGCCGCUCUCGAUCCUGUUCCCGCUCUUUGGCGGCGAUGAAGAGCAGCAGAAGAAGAAGACGCAGAAGCAAACGCAGACAACAAAGCGGAGGAGUGGGAGCGGAGGGUUGACGAGCGUGGCGAAGUGUCUGCGGCCGUGGACGUGGGUGGCGUUCAACGUGGCGCUGCUCCUCUUCUUCGGCUAUCUCCACCAGGCCGGUGUGGUGCCUUCCCUGCUCUCGCUUUCCUCAGCGACACCACAGGCCGGCGGCCAGGUCGCGCAUGUGGUGUAUUUCAGUACAUACAUGCCGCCGUGCUACCUCCUGGCCAAUCGCACAGACCUGGUCAUCCACGACGUGGGUGGCGACGCAACCAAAUUGGCGGCGGUGCUUGACCUGCUGGCGCAAGAACCGCACGUUUACGCGGUUGUGCCCGCCAGCGUGAGCAGUGCACUGCACCUGCCGCACUUUACAAGCCAAGUGCAGUUUUGGCCAAGCCUCAGCACCGAAGACUUGCCCCGAGCCUUCGCUGAGCUCGCCUUGGUGCUCCUCCGCCGAGGCUGA